AUGGGGCUGAAAAGGCAGAGCCACCACAUGGUGGCUUUGAUGUUGAAUGAGCAAAUGGUCAUCAGGAGGAAGUGCACAUUCUUGGGCGUCCCAAGAGGUUAUUUUGGGAGGGCGCUGGUGUUAUGGACCAUAAUUGCCUUAUUUUUGUGUAUGGGAGAGUAUAAAUACCAAGAUGGUGAUAUCCAGCAAAGGAGGGAGGAAGUUCUUGCUAAUGGCUGUAACCAAAGGGCGAGGAUGCUUCAAGAUCAGUUCAAUGUCAGUGUCAACCAUGUCCACGCACUUGCAGUACUUGUUUCCACUUUUCAUUAUCUCAAGAGUCCAUCUGCAAUAGAUCAGACGACCUUUGCUGAGUAUACUGCCAGUACUGCUUUUGAGAGGCCAUUGUUGAGUGGGGUAGCGUAUGCCCAAAAGGUUUUGAGUUCUGAAAGGGAAGAAUUUGAGAGGCAACAUGGGUGGACUAUAAAAACAAUGCAAGGAGACCCUUCACCUGUUAAAGAUGAAUACGCCCCCGUGAUAUUUUCACAAGAAACUUUGUCAUACCUUCGAGCGUUGGAUAUGAUGUCCGGGGAGGAAGACCGCGAAAAUAUCUUGAAGGCUAAGGCAACUGGGAAGGCUGUUCUCACAAAACCCUUCAGGCUGUUGAGCUCUCAUCACCUUGGAGUUGUUUUGACGAUUCCUGUUUUUAAAUCCUUGCUACCCCCAAACCCUACAGUUCAAGAACGCUUAAAAGCAACUGCAGGGUACCUUGGCGGAGCCUUUGAUGUUGAAUCCCUUGUCGAAAAUCUAUUAGGUCAACUUGCCGAACGAGAGGCAAUAGUGGUGAAGGUGUAUGAUAUUACUAACUCUUCUGAUCCUCUAGUCAUGUAUGGUAACAAUUCCCAAGUUGGUGAUUUAUCCCUUAAGCAUGUUAGCAAGCUUGAUUUUGGGGAUCCAUUUCGUAAGCAUGAGAUGGUCUGUAGAUAUCUUGAGAAAGCUCCUGUGUCAUAUUCUAAUGUGAUCAUUGCUUCUAUGAUCUUUGUGAUUGCAAUGUUGGUCGGAUAUAUCCUGUACAAUGCAGCAAAUCAUGUUGUCAAAGUGAAUGAUGGCUACUUUAAAAUGGAGGAACUGAAAGUUCAAGCUGAAGCCGCUGAUGUUGCCAAAUCUCAGUUUUUGGCUACCGUUUCUCAUGAAAUCAGGACUCCAAUGAAUGGAAUUCUUGGAAUGCUUGCUCUACUUUUAGACACAGAUUUGAGUUCAACUCAAAGGGAUUAUGCUCAAACUGCUCAAGCCUGUGGAAGGGCACUGAUAACAAUAAUAAAUGAAGUGCUUGACAGGGCAAAAAUAGAAGCUGGCAAGUUGGAGCUCGAUAAGGUUCCUUUUAAUCUUCGCCCAAUACUUGAUGAUGUUGUUUCGCUAUUUUCUGAGAAGUCUAGGCGCAAAGGAAUUGAGUUGGCCGUCUUUGUGUCCGACAAAGUACCUGAAGUUCUUUUGGGGGAUCCAGGAAGACUCAGGCAAGUGAUCACAAAUCUUGUGGGGAACUCUGUCAAAUUUACUGAUCAUGGACAUGUCUUCAUCAAAGUUCAUCUCGCUGAAGAAGCAAAAGCUGCAGUAGACGCAGAAGUCAACUACUGCUUGAUAGGAGGGUCUGAAAGUGUUGUAGCUGGUGGCCAUCAGUUUAAAACUUUAAGUGGAUACGAAGUUGCAGAUGAACAUACCAAUUGGCAUAAUCUUGCGCAUUUGAUUUCAGACGAAGAUAGUUACAAUACUUCCAGUAAAGUGAAGGUUGAUGAUGCAUCUCAAAAUGUCAGUCUUUUGGUAUCUGUUGAGGAUACAGGAAUUGGGAUUGCUUUACAUGCGCAAGAUCGGAUUUUCACACCAUUUAUGCAGGCUGACAGUUCAACUUCCAGAAAUUAUGGAGGUACAGGAAUUGGCUUGAGCAUUAGUAAGUGCUUGGUUGAGCUAAUGGGUGGUUCAAUCAGCUUUGUCAGCCGUCCAAAAAUUGGAAGUACAUUUUCAUUUACAGCCAACUUUCGAAGAUGUGAGCAAUCUUCUGUGAGCGAUCCAGUAAAGUCUAUCUCUGCUGAUAUACUUUUGGCAUUCAGAGGACUUAAUGCCAUUGUUGUCGAUGGCAGACCAGUUAGAGCAGCUAUCACUAGAUAUCAUCUCAAGAGGCUUGGUAUCCAAGUUCAAAUUGUGAGUAGCGUCAGAAUGGCUGCGGAUAUUCUCUGGAAAAAUGGUUCCCAUACUUCUGUAAGUGAAGCGCAGCCGUUCAUAAUUCUAGUUGAAAAGGAAUCAUGGAUGUCUGGUGAGGAUGAUUGUUCUUGUUUGUCAAUGAACUGGAAGCAGAAUGGCCAUGCACAUAAAGUGCCAAAAUUGAUCCUUUUGGCUACCAAUAUUACUAGCAGUGAGGUUGAGAAGGCUAAAAAAGUAGGUUUUGUUGACACAGUGAUCGUGAAACCUUUGAGAGCAAGUUUGCUGGUUGCUUGCCUACAACAGGUUUUGGGAUUUGGUAAGAGGACUCAAGAGAUAUGCAAGGGUUCUGCUUCCCUUCAUGGUUUGCUUAGUGGCAAAAAAAUUUUGGUGGUUGAUGAUAACAUGGUCAACCGCAGAGUUGCUGCUGGCGCCCUAAAGAAAUAUGGUGCUCUUGUUGAGUGUGUCGAGAGUGGAAAAGCUGCUCUCCAGAAGCUUGAGCUGCCACAUACUUUUGAUGCUUGUUUCAUGGAUAUUCAGAUGCCGGAAAUGGAUGGUUUUGAAGCAACUCGCCUUAUUCGCAAGAUGGAGUGGAGUGCCAAUAACCAGUUGAGCCGAGGAUGCACAAUGCACGACGGAACCCCGAAAAAGCGUGAAUGGCAUCUGCCAGUUUUAGCCAUGACAGCUGAUGUGAUCCAUGCAACGUUAGACAAAUGCUUGGAGUGUGGGAUGGAUGGUUAUGUCUCAAAGCCAUUCGACGAAGAAAAUCUGUAUCAAGCCGUGUCAGCAUUCUUCCAAUCCAAACCUCACCCCGAUGACCAAGUAGUAUGA